AUGGCCACAAAGGCAUCUGUGGUAGCAUUCGCGCUUAGCGCAGUGCUGCUUCUUUACUUCGAGUCUCCUGGCUCGCUAGCAGGCAAUCCACUGCUUCCGAGAGCAGCAGUCGACUUUCCCAUGGUCGUGUUCUUCAUGUUUUUCUUUUUCGGCCACAGGCUGACGCUAGGGGUCUGGAGUCCGAGCCUGUGGCUUGACAAGCUGUGCAUCUGUCAGAGCGACGAAGACGGCAAAGCAGAAGCCAUCUCAGCAUUGCCAGAGUUCGUUAGGCGCUCGUCUCGCAUGCUGAUACUUUGGGAUGAGACCUAUUUCGAGCGACUUUGGUGCAACUUGGAGAUUGCGAUUUUUGUCAAGAGUCACAACUCGGAAGCGCUGA